AUGCAAACAGCUCAGGUAAUGAGCAGUCUGCUGCGGUUUUCAGAGAUAACUAUUCAGGCACUUGGGGAAGAUGAGAUUACUCUGAAUUCUGUGCUGAGUGGGAAGAUUUCUGGAGGGAGAAAUGGCCUAGCAUGGUUGGCAUGUGGUCCUCAACUUGAGGUAGUGAACUCUGUGACAGGAGAGCAGCUCUCUGCAUACCGUUUCAGUGGAGUGAAUGAACAGCCUCCUACUGUUCGUGUGGUAAAGGAAUUUUCCUGGCAGAAGAGAACUGGCCUACUCAUCGGGUUGGAAGAAGCAGAGGGAAGUGUUCUCUGUCUGUAUGACCUUGGAAUAUCAAGAGAGGUUACAUCAAUUGCUCUUCCAGGAAGGGUAACUGCUAUAGAACCCAUAACUAGUCAUGGAGGAGCCACUGCAAGCACUCAGCACCUGCAUCAGAGUCUGCAAUGCCUCUUUGGAGUGGUAGCAGUGGGUACAGAUGUUGGUCAUCUACUUCUAGUUGACCUUUGUUUGGAUGAUUUAUCUUGCAGUCAGAAUGAAAUCAAAACGUCAGAUCCAGAAGUUGCUGUUAGAAUUCCUGCUGAAGUUCUACAGCAAAGAGAAAUUGUGACCAGGGAAGGGAGCAAUCUCUGUUUUCAAUUACAGAGUCCCUCAGAAGCAGGAAUAUCAACCCUCUGCUACAUAAGCAGAAGCAAUCAGCUCGUUGUAGGCUUUUCAGAUGGCUACCUGUCCUUAUGGAAUAUGAAAACUUUGAUGAGGGAGCACCACUCUCGGUUUGAAGGAGGAAAGAUUCCUGUCUAUGCUGUCACUUUUCAAGAGCCUGAGAAUGAUCCUCGGAAUUGUUGCUACUUGUGGGCUGCUCAGUCUACGCAAGAAAGUGGAGGUGAUGUUGUGAGUUUACAUCUGUUGCAGUUAGCAUUUAGUGACAGAAAGUGCUUGGCAUCAGGACAAGUCGUGUAUGAGGGUUUGGAAUACUGUGCUGAAAGGUACAGUUUAGAUCUCAUGGAUGGAAUCAUACCCUUGAGAGAGCCAGCCUGCAGCAUCAAAUUACUCAGCUGUCAGACUGUAGAAGAAUUUCACAACCAUGUUGAGGAUAGCAUUAAUGAAGUAAUAUCUCCUGACACCAGUGUAUCAAUCUUCAGUUGGCAAGUGAACACGCAUAGUCAGAGUAGACCAUCUACUUACUUGGGUGUGUUUGACAUUAAUCGCUGGUAUCAUGCUCAAAUGCCAGACUCAACAAGGCCAGAAGAAUUCCUCUGUGAUUGUCCCUAUUUUGCAUUGUGGUCACUGGAUACUGUAGUGAACAUGACUGCUCCAGAUCUUAUUUUGGAUAUUCUGAUACAUGAGUGGAGCCUAAGUCAGGGAGUUCCUCCUUCUGAUCCACCACCUGAGCAGUUUUUCAACCCAAGCAACUACAAUUUUGAUGGUACGUGCUUGCUGAACUCGGGAGUUGUUCAUGUGACUUGCAGUGGCUUCCAGAAGGAGACCUUGAAGUUUUUGAAGAAAUCUGGUCCUUUAAUAAGUGAAGCCAUUCAUGAUAGCUACAAGAAGUGUUUGGUAGCUGGCUUGCUGUCUCCAAGACUACUUGAUGUCCAGCCAUCCAGCCUGAGUCAGGAAGAGCAGUUAGAAGCAGUGCUGUCAGCUGCUGUCCAGACAGGUUCUUUAGAACUUCUGAUAAGAUGCAUUAAACACUGGACAUCUGAAGGCCUGCCAAGGAGUUCUGCUAAUUUACGGUUUGUUCUUCAAUGGACAUGGAACAAAGUGAUCUAUACAAAAGAUGAAUUUGACCAAAUAUGUGUUCCACUGUUUGAUGGCUCUUGCAACUUCAUUGACCCACAGACACUACAGUCUCUUCAGCACUGCCAGUUGCUUUUAAGCAACCUUAACACAGUCUUAAAAUGUUUUCUGACAGAAGUACAGGAGCUUACUGAAAAAGGUUUUAGAGACCUGACAAACAAGAAUGUGGUAACUAGCCUCCUUUCUUUGUAUGCACAAGUGGUCAUCUGGUUCUGUCAAUCCAGUCUCCUUCCAGAGGGUUUUGAUGACAAUAUGCCCCUGUCCAGACCUUUCUACAAUUAUCUUCUGAUUCAGAGCUAUUAUACUGGUCAUCGACAGAAAAUGGAGUGCUUAUCAAGAGGGAAAUGGGAUUCUGACUGCUUGAUGAUUGAUGGAAUGGUUUCCCAGUUAGGAGACAAAGUUGAGAAGUUGUGGCAGAGAGAUGGAGGAGGAAAUGGGAAAUAUCCACCUGCUAGUUUACAUGCGCUGCUGGAUCUCUAUUUGCUAGAAAACAUUGAAGAAAGCUACAAACAUGCAAUUACAAUUUACUUGUUACUAGAUAUCAUGCAUUGCUUUCCAAAUAAAACAGACACUUGGAUCAAAUCCUUCUCAGCUGCCUUUGCUAUAUCUUGGGGUCAUGUUCAGCUUAUUCAAGGUUUUUGGCUUCUAGAUCACAAUGAUUACAAAAAUUCCCUGGCCCUGCUCUUUCAUCCAGCUACGAUCAAAACUGUGUCAUGGCAACAUAAGAGAAUUAUUCAAUCCCUCCUGUGUCAAGGAGAGCAUAGGCAAGCCCUCAGAUACAUGCAGAUGAUGAAGCCAUCCAUGUUAAGCAGUAGUGAAGUGCAGCUUUUCCUCACUGUAUUAUUGUCCAACAGGUGCAUGAUGGAGGCAUGGGGUUUGUUGCAGCAAUCUGCCACUACGUUAAACAGAGAAGAGCUGUUAAAACACACAUUUGAAGUCUGCCAGGAGAUAGGACUAAUGGAAGACUUACUGAAGCUACCUUUCACAACUGCUGAGCUAAACUGUUUGGAGAAGUUUUUACAGAACAAUGCUCGUGUUCAGAAAUCUGCAUUUCCUUUAGUCUACCAUUUGCAGUGUGCCAACUAUAUUGUGGCACUACAGCUGAAUUGGUCAAAGAAGGUUAAUCUUACAAAUGUCCAAAAUCCUUUCCUGUAAGAAAGAGCAGUUGCCAGAAAUUCUGUGUUAGACUAAUAUGGAAAAAUCUUUCCUAGAGUUCAUAGGGAGCUGCCUGGAGAAAGCGCUGAGCCUUCUGGAUCUCCAGGGUCAUGGAAACUCAAUAAGCACUUGGAAACACCUCCUAGAGCUCAAAAGAAGCUUUCUUCAGAGAAAUGGCCUUACUGUUCACCUUCGUCGGUCACAAGAGGAGACUCAAAACCAAAGCCACUAUCAACAGUAGCAAAAAAAGAUGGAAUAGCGACUCUCAUCAGUAGUGUAUUAUCCAAAAUUAGAGAAGUAUGGGUAAGAAAUGAGGAGAAAAGCAGUGUCUCACAGUAUGCUAGACCUAGAGCUGCAGAACCAGCAGUCCUACCACAUCCUCUCCCUGGUGCAGACUUGCCCAAAGCAUUUCUUGAAAGACCAGUUACAAAAUCUUCCCAAAAAGGCUUCAGAUUGCUGGGUUUUCUGGUCUAUUCUGUUUCUUCAUAUUCUGCAGCAAAAGGUGGUAGCUGGCAGUCACCAUACAGAGCUUCUACUUUCAUGGCAUCCAGGCCAUUGAAAUCAAAUAUGCAUAGCUUCAUCUCACUGGAGAAUUUUUCAAGAGCACCAGAGCUGAAUUUACUGCAGACUCCUCUGGUGGUUAAGACAGCUAAAGAUUUGGCCACAUCUACUCCUCCUUCUGGUUUUUGUGAGUUUAAGCCUCGGUCUAUUCUCAAAUCCAGCCUUUGCACCACGACACUAGCAACUCCCUCUGCAUCUCAAUCAGUUACUCCUCCUCUACAAGCAAAGAAAACUAGAGUAUCUUUCAGUGAACAAAACUCCAAUGCCAAACAAUCUGUUAGGACCUCUCCUAGAGCUCAAAAGAAGCUUUGUUUAGAGAAAUGGCCUUACCAUUCACCUUCAUCAGUCUUAAGAGUUUCUAAUAGUCUUCCUGAAACAGAGGAAAUUAAUGUUAUUGCAGAUAGUGCAAUCAAGGCACAAACCUCAGAACAGUACCUGAAACAUCACCAUAUAGUGAACCCCAUCCAUCAGGCAGUCUUUAGUACAUCUAUGAUGCCAGUAGAGCAACCCUUUGCAUGUGAUGCACCUGACACACAAGAUGGUAAAUGUGAUGCAGCUGAGGGAGAAGCAGAGCCUUUUAUAUCUCAGAGUAAUUUUGCUUCAAUCUUGGGAAAAGAAGAAGGUGAAGCAGAAAUGGGAGACCCUUCUAAACCAACUGGAACAAAAGCAGAGGAAAAACCUAUGAAGAGUUUAGAAAAUACCAAAAAGCGACAACAUGCUACAAAGCCAGUGUCCACUGUCACUAGUGAUCAGGAAUCUCAAAAUCUGCAGUCACUCCCAUACAUUCCUGAAUCCAUUAAGGUACCCAUUGCUGAGACCUUACUGUAUGUAAUCCAAGACAAGAAGUAAAGAGUU